AUGCUAAGAUUAUUGAGACUACCGCGGAUCCUAACCAGAAGAUCGAGCACGUUAAAAGCUAAUAAUCCGUAUAUCGCGCACAGCAUGCAAUCACCUUCUAGGAUCAGUAAUGCCGCUCCCUCAUCAAGUGGUCCACACAAGCCCAUCGUGUGGAUCGACUGCGAGAUGACGGGGCUAAAUCCUGCACAGGAUCAAAUCAUAGAAGUCUGCUGUAUCGUGACAGACGGGCACCUGAACACCCUAGACGAUGGCUACGAAUCCGUAGUCCACUGCGAUAAGCAGGUCAUGGACAAGAUGGACGAGUGGUGCACGGAACACCACGGCAGCAGCGGGCUCACCGCCAAAGUAAUCGCCUCCGACAAGACGCCCAGUGAGGUAGAGGAAGAACUAUUGGCGUACAUCAAGAAACACAUACCCGAAAGUAACGUUGGUGUGCUCGCAGGAAAUAGCGUGCACAUGGACCGCCUCUUCAUGAUGAAAGACUUCCCCCGGGUCGUAGACCAUCUUUUCUAUAGGAUUAUCGAUGUCUCGUCUAUCAGAGAGGUUUGCUACAGACAUAACUCGCAACUGCUUAAAGUAAUGCCGCGAAAAAAACUCGCCCACACUGCUAAGAGCGACAUUCUUGAGAGUAUCGCGCAGCUGAAGUGGUUUCAAAAUUACUACCUAAAGUCUGAAGCCGAGACUCGAGCGCUCGUAAAAUCCAUACAGGCCUCCGAUGCCGCAUCUAGCGCUGAUUCGAACGCUGAUUCGACCGCGGCUUCUACCGCUGAUUCUACCGCUGCUACUGGGUAG